AUGGAUAACCAGACAGUUGAUGUGGACAAUAUCAUUGAUCGUUUGUUAGAGGUUAGAGGUUCGAAGCCUGGACAACAGGUUGAUUUGCAGGAACAUGAGAUCCGGUUUCUUUGUUCAAAGGCUAGAUCUAUAUUUAUCAAACAGCCAAUUUUGCUGGAGCUGGAGGCGCCUAUUAAGAUUUGUGGUGAUAUUCACGGUCAAUACUAUGACUUGCUGCGUUUGUUCGAAUACGGUGGGUUUCCUCCUGAGUCCAAUUACUUGUUUUUAGGUGAUUAUGUCGAUCGUGGUAAACAAUCGUUGGAGACCAUUUGUUUGUUGUUAGCUUAUAAAAUUAAAUAUCCGGAAAAUUUUUUCAUUUUAAGAGGCAAUCACGAAUGUGCUUCUAUUAACAGAAUAUAUGGGUUUUAUGAUGAAUGUAAAAGACGUUACAAUAUUAAACUAUGGAAAACGUUCACAGAUUGUUUCAAUUGUCUUCCAAUUGCUGCAAUUAUUGACGAAAAAAUUUUUUGUAUGCAUGGUGGUUUGUCUCCAGAUUUGAACAGUAUGGAGCAGAUUAGAAGAGUCAUGAGACCAACUGAUAUUCCAGACGUUGGUUUAUUAUGUGAUUUGUUAUGGAGUGAUCCUGAUAAAGAUAUAGUAGGCUGGAGUGAAAACGAUAGAGGUGUUUCUUUCACUUUUGGUCCAGAUGUAGUAAAUAGAUUUUUACAAAAGCAGGAUAUGGAAUUGAUUUGUAGAGCUCAUCAAGUCGUCGAAGAUGGUUAUGAAUUCUUCAGCAAAAGACAAUUAGUGACACUAUUUAGUGCCCCAAAUUACUGUGGUGAAUUCGAUAAUGCAGGUGCAAUGAUGAGUGUUGAUGAAAGUUUAUUGUGUUCUUUCCAAAUCUUGAAGCCUGCUCAGAAGAGUCUGCCAAGACAACAACAAGGAAGAAAAAAGAAAUGA